UACGUCUCUCCGCUCCGGCCUUCCUUCCCUAUUAAUUAGCUUCUUUAAAUUAAUUUUGAUCCUUGAGUCGGUCGAUCUACUACUGCCUCCGAUCCUCUGCUCGCGAUCGAUCAUUCAUUGGUUAAUUAGCUGCCUACCUAGGAUCGGAUCGGAGAGGGCGAUGAGCAGCAGCAGCGAUGAAGGGUACUUGUACUCGGAGGAUUCGGUGGUGAACUCACGCGGGAUGCGGCUCUUCACCUGCAGCUGGAUUCCGACGAAGCCCCGAGGCGUGGUGUGCCUCUGCCAUGGCUACGCCGUGGAGUGCAGCGUCACCAUGCGCGGCACGGCGGAGCGCCUGGCUCGGGCGGGCUACGCCGUCUACGGCAUCGACUACGAGGGCCAUGGCCACUCCGACGGCCUCCAGGGAUACGUCCCCGACAUGGACGCCCUCGUCCGUGACUGCGACGCCUUCUUCGCCGCCGUCGCCGCAUCCUUCCCCCGCAGAUUCCUCCUCGGCGAGUCCAUGGGAGGCGCCGUCGCGCUGCUGCUCCACCGCAUGCGCCCCGUCUUCUGGACCGGCGCCAUUCUCGUCGCGCCCAUGUGCAAGAUCGCGGAGGAGAUGAGGCCGCAUCCGGUGGUGGUGAGCGUGCUGAAGAUGAUGACGAGCAUCAUCCCGACGUGGCGCGUGGUGCCAACAAAUGACGUGAUAGACCUGGCGUACAGGAUGCAAUGGAAGAGAGAUGAAAUCCGCGGGAACCCGCUGUGCUACAAGGACAGGCCGCGCCUCAAGACCGCCUACGAGCUGCUCCGCGUCAGCCUCCUCCUCGAGUCCUCCAUCCUUCCCCAGGUCUCCCUCCCUUUCCUCCUCCUCCACGGCGCCGCCGAUCGGGUCACCGACCCCUCCGUCAGCGACCUGCUCUUCCGCUCCGCCUCCUCCGCCGACAAGACCUUCAACCUCUACCCGGGCAUGUGGCACGCCCUCACCUCCGGCGAGCUCCCCGACAACAUCGAUGCCGUCUUCUGCGACAUCGUCCACUGGCUCCACCAAAGAUCGGACUCCGAGACGGAGACGGAGACGGAGACGCAGCUCAAGGCCAAGCACGACGCGCCAACCAAACAUGUAUCCUCGUCUUGACGACACCUAAUCUAAGGAGUGGCGGCAUGGGCACAUGCAGCGCUCGAGGAGACAGACGUAACAUUUGAUAGGUCGGUGCUAGCACGAGUGAACAGAGCAUAGCAAUGGAAGCAAUGGUGGAUGUUCAAAGACAAUGAAAUAGAGACAGUAGCUGCAGCAUGGAUUCCAGAGGGAGGCAACAAUGGGAAUCGGACGAAGAAAGAGGAGAAAGGUGCAGUGAGUCAGCCAGUCAGGGCGGUAUUGGGUCAUGUAGGAGCACAGCGAUGUGCGGCGACCGGAGGAGGAGGAUGGAGGAUGAGGUGGCAGGUCGGAGAGGUUGAUAGGUGGGCAUGCCAUGUUGGGAUCGGGAGGCGGUCCUGACACGUGAUCCCAAGGGUGUCGACGGCUGCUUAGGCGAGUGUAUGUGAGAAAGUAUGCCUCAUGGGCCACGAUAGGUUGAGUGGCGCAAGUGGGCUAGUGAAGUUGGCAUAGGGAAAGGGUGCAGUGGCGAAAGGGCUAUUGGGUUGACGAGAGGUUUGGCGCAAAUAACAAGAAAACAUAUUUUGGUUUGGAGUUGAUUUUUGGGAAGUUUGGACUAGAAAUUUGAAUUUGGAAUUGGAGAUUGUUAUCCAGACUGUUGAGGAUUUUUCUG